GAUGAUGGGUCUGACAUGACCGUUUUUAAGCAGCCUCUUCUUGUUGCUCAUUGGUCCGCAUUCUUGGUUCGAUUUGGGCUCAUUAUCUUAAUCAACCGUGGAGGACAGAGUGGGGGGGGGGGAGUUCGAGGCAUCAUCCGAACGGGAACUGUGCGGCUCGGCUCGGCUCGGCUCGGUCUGGCGUGGCGCUCCUUAUCCGCACCAACUGGACCACCACUGGCAGAAAGAAGAAUGCUGGAGAACAAGAGGGAGCGCUUGAAAACCUUCCUGCGGAAGAUCGACGAGAAGGCCAUCGUCAGAAUCAAACACUUCAUGAAAGAGAGCAGCUACCCAGUGGAGAGCAGUGGUGGUGGAGUGCCAGCCAAAUUGAAGAAGAGCAGGAGCACCUCAAGCAAAGACAGUGUCAAAAAAGCUGAGGCCAGGAAGACGUUGAGUCUGGAGGCUGCGCAGCUGGAGAUCCAAGAGCAGCACAAAACCCUCACCAGACAGUUGGCCAUCAGGUCGCAAACUUUCGAUGUUGACUCCAGCAGCUUCCAAAGGACUCAGGGCAGUGGCGCACAAAGUAGCUUCAUAAAGCACAAUGCAACAUUCCACAAGUUGUUUCCAGACAUUCCAGAAAGUGAAGACUUGAUACACGCAUACGUGUGUGCCCUGCAAAAGGAAGUGCCCUACCAUGGUCGACUGUACAUCACAAGCAGCCAUGCCUGUUUCCACUCGUCUGUUCUGCUGAAAGACACUAAGGUAGUGAUCCCUGUCUCCAGCAUUUGCGUUGUCAAAAAGCAGAACACUGCUUUGCUGGUACCCAACGCCUUGUCAGUCCGAACCACGGAAGGAGAAAAGUCCCUGUUUGUCUCGUUACGGAACCGAGAAGCAUGCUAUCAGCUGCUGUGCUCUGUCUGUCCUCAGCUUGAGGACCGCAGCACCAACAGUAGCCCCGUCAUCUCCUCUGCUGAACAUAGCUUUGACAAGAGCAAACUUGUUUCUACACGGCCGCAGAAGUGUGCUGCGGAAUUAACUCACGAUUGUGUCUGUGUACCGUCAUGGCAGAACUCCAGCCAGUCCAGUCUGGAUGGAAGCUUUGAGCAGUUCGUUGGCUCUGAGCCGCAGGCAUUACAGGACAAACCUCUGCACAAUCCAAACAAAGAGACCUCACUGCCUAAUGGAAAAGGCUCUACUUUCAAGAGCCUGCAUGAGCAGCAGAGUGAGACCUCGUCUUCGGGGGAUGAUUUGUCCGUUUCAGGUCUACCCCGAGCCCCCCCAGUUCCAGGUAGCUCAUGGAUUUGGAAUGUGACUGAGAAGGCCAAGUCUCUGCUGGUUCAGAGAGAGGCCAGCACCCUCAACACGCUGCUCGUCAUCUACUUGAUACUGGUGGUAAUGCUGCUGGUGUCUUCCAGCUACAUCGGGUUACGUAUUGUGGCCCUGGAGGAACAACUGAUGUCACUUGGUGCACUGCCCGAGUUCACAUUACACAGCAGGUACCGCCAAGACACAUAACACUCAGCGACGGGAGAGAUAGAACGACUGACUAGUGACUUGGAGGAUAACUUCCAGCGGAAGACAUUUCAUGUCACGUCAAGCGAAAAGUGGCCAACCUGUGCAAUUUCAGAGACAAUUUUUAAACUUGAAGGGCUAAUCUUGCAGUAGUUAAAAAAAAAAACAACAAGAAGAAGAAGAAGAAAAAAGAGAUGCCACCAUUUAGUUGCAAAUAGCCGAGCCAAAACGCAUGUACAUCCUGCCUGGUUGCAGUGUGUCUUGCUGUGAGGACCAAAGCCAAGCCUGGAGGACGUAGGAGCGACUGUUCUGCAUCAUCUUCCUCUACCUUCAGCAUGCUGACUGAACAGGGCUAGACCGAUCAGCAUUAGCCAGCUGUCGCGCUCACCAACACACCCCCAGCACCGCAAACGUCGCGCUGCCGCUAGCCAAAGAUGUGCACAACUCUGCAUGGCGUUCACCCUCGCCCUUCCGUCUUUGCAGCAGUAUGACCGCGUCUGUCUUCUUGGAAACUUGGGUACCUCUCUUUUGAAUGUCUUCUCUUCCUUACCAGCUUUGGGCUGAAAUGAUGAUGAUGAUGAUGAUCUGCCCACAAAGGCUUCUCCUGCUGUUCUACACUCUUUCUUGUCUUUGAAGUGAUUCAACAAGUUUAAUGAUCUAUGCUCAGAGGUUGUUUGGCAUAAUCAAUGCAUACAUAGUUGGUGGAAAAGGUGGGCAUCCUGUUUCAAUGCAUUGUUGGGAGAAGAAGUGGUUUUUUUUGGACAAAGUGGCGUUUCUACAUUUCCAGUCAAGUUUCAGCAAGGUCCACCAAUGAUGUAACUCUAAUGUUCAUUUGUGUGUCUGCAUUAAGGAAACCUGACUGACUUAAUACUGUGCUUGUUGAUAAGGUCCAAAUUUCAGCAACAACAAUAAUAGCUCCAAAAAAAAUUUCAAAAUGUAACAAAUGACUAUUAUGCAGGGCAAAAUGUUUUUUUGUUUUUAUUUCUGUGUGCUGUUGUUCAAAUCACACAAAGAAAAUGUGGGAAAAAGAAAAAGGGGGAAAAAUACUUGAUGUGAGUUAAAGGAAUGAGUGCACUUUACCAAAUGUGUUGUGCCUGUCACAAUCCAAGACACUUUUGGAUUGAGUGGAAAUGACGUUUUGGGUGUUUGUCUGACGGUGCUUAGACCUUUCUUUGUUUCGAAGUGUCUUCACUCAGGGCUGGUGGACACGACCCACCAAGUAGACAUUCCUUUGUCAUUUCAAAGUCUCGUGCUCGUCAUUGGGCUUCACGUCUUGACUUGGGUGCUUCUCUACAGUCCCGUUGAGAGAGAGAGAGAGAGAGAGAGAGAGAGAGAGAGAGAGAUCACCGUUUGACUAUGAGUUUGAUUUGUCUUUAUUGCUUGACUUUUUUUUUUUUUUUAUCCUUAAGAGCCUCUCCCACCUGCUUGAUGAUGCACAUCCACACCACAGCUCACGCUCUGUUGUUGUGGAAGCUCUCCUUUCCCAACAUGGAGCAGACUUGAUUCAAAAGUGCGUCACAAGUUCAAUUUGCUGCAUUACCCACGCGCAGUACUGUCAGUCUCCCAGCAGGGGGUAGCACACGCACAUCUUCUGUCCUCAAGCCAAUACGAUGCAAAUAUCCUAAGGAGGACAGCAUUUGUGUGGAUUUGCACUAUUCACAGUGUACAUUUUGUAACCAUUGUUAAUGUCCUUAAUUAUACUAUUGCCCUAUAAAUAUAUAUAAAUAUUUAUUUGCAUUCUGUGUAAUUCAAAGUAGUCUCUGUGAGAUGACUUUGCUUUUGCUGAAAAUAAAUCAAAUGUUGCAAAGAA